AUGAACUUUGCAGUAGAAUUACACGCGUAUGAUUCCUAUGCAUUAUGCCGCGUUUUCAAGAAAACAAUACAAAUUCCAAAAAAAAUUGAAAAAAAUACUGGGAAUGAAGAGAAGGAUACAGUGUGGGUCUCAGAAGAACAAUUACUAGGAGAUGACACAAGCGGUAUCGAAAGUUCUAAAGGGAGGGAAGCUGAAGGCGAAAAUUUCAACAAUGACAACUGUAAAUUUCCCUCCGAAACAUCUUCCUCGGAUGUCACUCAAGGAACUCCAAUUGAGACUGCAAUAGCCGAUGAUUUACAAGCUCCAUUUGCCUCAGAUGAAGCCAAUAGUUCAGCUAGCAUUUAUUCAAUGGGUGUGGAUUUCUCGUCAAAUUUAAUUCAGGAUAUGCAGAUGCCAAACUAUUCAAGCUUGCAUUAUCAAUUUCCGUUCCCAGAUUUAGAACUAGAAGAUUUCCCACAGAUUAACAUCACUGAGAGUCUGAAGCCAUCAAAGCUUGAAAUAAUCGACGAGUACAUGAUUUACAAGGAUUGCAUGAACGGAACAUUAGAAGAAAUUUUCUCUUUAUGUUCCUCUCAAGACAACUCCAAUAUUGUACUCUCCAUGCAAGACUAA